GUGUUGUGUUCCUGCCGGUGAGUAAGGCUGCCAAAGCUCAACGAGGGUGCGGUGUGCUGGUGACGGGACGACUUACGGAACUAACUUAACAUCAUUAGCCCUAACAGUCAAGUAAUCAAGUGUAUUUUUCUGCAUACUAUACAUUAAUGACAUUAUAAACUUACACACAAAUUUAUUUAUAUAUUCUAGCGUCUUUGUCUUUUUUAGGUGACAUUUUAGCAUAUUUUUGGCAUCAGUCAGACAUCAGUCUAUCUUCAAAAUCGCGGUGGCAACACUGCAUGUUACGCUUUACUUCAAAAUUAUGACAUAAUCUCUGUCAACCAAGUCUGUCAGUAAAUAAGAAAACUAUAUGCAUCCUUUUCUUUAGGGUGCUAGAGAAAAGGAUACCUAUAGUUUUCUUAGUUCUUAUUUACUGAUAGACUUGUUUCACUUGUUUGACAGAAUAUAUUAUGCUGAGUCGAGUUGUUUUCUCUUCGCAGUUUACUUUGCUAAUCCUUGCGCCCACGCUCAUUUUGUUUUGUCGAUAGUGGUAUACGCCUUACGGACUCCGAUAUUCUGCUAAAUUGAGUGAUUUGCUUGCCCCCGGAUUUUGAUUAUUGCCUAACACAACGACCUGCGCUUGACCAACGGACUUGAGCAUUUCGGACGAAUGGAUUUCGUUUACUUUGUGGCCUUUUUAAAUUUGAUAUAUAUAUAUUAAGUGCGGUUACGAACAUUAUGCCUCCUUUGAAAUGUCAAUAUCAUGAUUGUGACAAUACAAACAAUACCAAGUCCAUGUUUUCCUUCCCUGUCAAUGAUGAACCUCGGUUAAAAUUAUGGAUACAACAUUCUGGUAACAUAAAUCUGACGUCUUUGACACACCAAGAAUUGAAGAGACGUUACAUUUGUGAGGAUCACUUCAAAACUGAAGAUGUAUCGAAUAAUAACUUUAGGUCCAGACUUCUACCUGCAGCUGUGCCUCUAAAGCGUAAAGCAGCCACACCAACACGUCUUGUCGAGUCUCCAGAGGUUUUAAAAAUUAAAACUCCACAAAAAUGUUACCAUCGGAAACGAAUUGACUUGCCUCCUCAACCACAAGAAAACUCCUCACCAUGCUCGUCAAUGUUAGAUGCUCCAGUGAACACCAAACAAAUUCAUAAACGUCGAAGGGUUCCAUCUGAAGGCGAAGACGAUCAGCCUGAAGUGAAGCGAUUGAAGAAGCUUGCAGUAGAAUUAAAAGCCAAGAACAGGAAGCAACAGUCACAGAUACGUCGUUUGAGUUUAAAAGCUAACAAAAAAAAGAGAAUAAUUUUGGAAUCACUUCGGUUCUCAAAUGACAUCGCAAAAACGAUGGCUAUGAUGCAAUUACGGAGGCGUCAAUCAAGACGAAAAUGGACUAAAACAGAAAGAGAACUGUGUCUUUCAAUUUAUUACAAAUCUCCUUCAGCAUAUGUUCACAUGAGACGUAAGUGGGAGCCCAUCCUUAUCAAGAACCGACAGAUGACACCCGAAUAG